AUGGCAGUCCGUCGCGUGCUCCCGAUCCUGCUGCUUGGAGUUGCUCUUGCCAUCGCCACGACCUGCUUCGUCGGCGGCACACACUCGACUUCGACAUCACUGCGUGGAGGCAGCCCCACUGCACGCGGCGCUGUGCCAGAGACCUUGGAGCUCAGUUCCUCUGUCACAACCGCGCUGGAGGUCUCGACACCUGGAUGGUGGGCCAACAUCGUCCUCCUGGUCGUCCCAUGCGCGAUCCUCAUCAUCAUCUACCUCCAGUCCGAGAGGCAAAAGUUCGAGGAAGCCACGCAGAAGUGA